GUUGGCGGUGCGGAGCAAGUUCAACUUCGAUCUGGUUGACCGUGAAAAGUAGCAUCAGUAUUGGGUUGGGGCGACCUCGAGCACGUGCCCUGCCUUCGCCACCGACACUCGAUCGAGCGACUGCACAUCGCGAUGGACGUCGACUUCGAGAUGGACGAGUCCGAUCUCUUGUUUGGGAACGGCUCGGACUGCGACGACGACAAUCAACUCAGGAACGACGACGACGGAACGGAGAGUGGCUCGGAUGUUGCCACCGACGACGACAUGACGGACGAGCUGCCGUCGCGCCCGACCGUGACAUCCAUGGCCGGCCUCGCGAUCCCCACCCGCCGUGGCGCCCACACACCGGGCGUGGCUCCAUCGCUGAUCCGAAGUCGUUCGAUGCCCAACACAGCCAAAUACAUGUCGUCGAACGAGCAAAAGUGGCGCGUCAAGUACUUGAGCGCAUUGAAAGUCCAGUCCGCGGCGGUUGCAGCCGGAGACGAAUUCCAAUCCACGCCCGCGCCAUCGCCAAUGACGAACAAUAUUCCGCGCCAUUCUCGGCCUGGCGGCAUGAGUCCAUCAGUUCGCGGCGUCCGAACGCGCAAAAUGUCGUCGGACCCGAUCGUGAUCCCCACACACCAGCCACUGUCGCAAAGUCUGUCGGACAUCCAGCACCUGGACUGGAGACAACUCGAGUCACCGGAGCGGUACCAGAGCGAGCAAGAUGGAGCACGUCGGGACGAGCUCUUUGUGCCGCCGCACGAAAUGGUCGAGCGCGACUGCUUUUCGCUCGGCAUGAAGCACCACUUCAAGCCUAAACAAGGCAAGAUUUAGAGCCACCCGUCUUGGGGUCUCUGGGCGAGUCGAUAGAAGACUCGGGACAGAGCAAGGCGCUGUGCAAACGUCGAAGUUAACAUGUUGUUGGGAAUACACUGCGUACAGGAACGUGGCUCGGGUUCCUUGGAUGUGUCGACGGCCGACGCGCCCUUGAAGGAGGCGACAGUGGCUCAAGAGCCUGAGUCGAAACUUGCACCAGAGCCGAUCUCAGAUGAUCUCAGAUGUACACUCGAAAACGACAGAAUCACCGACCACCAGGACAACCCAGGACUCGUUGAAGCGCCAUGGCCACAGCGGAGUUUGCCACUACAACACGACAACGUAUCCACAAUUGCGGUGCUUCGUGCCGCCAGCAGGAUGGGGAGGUGUCAUCCAGAUGGCACUAGCUAGCGUCCAUGGAGGAACCCAAGGGACACCAAAGACCACACGACAGGCGGUCGGCCCCGCACUGACGAGGUAUCCUCUGUGAGGUCGAGCGACCUCUCUUCUGGUGCUUGGGCUGCUGUCCCGAUUCGUCCGGAACCGAGAAAGAUGUCCAUGAACAACCUGACCGAUUCUCCCUGCUGCGCGCACCCAUGCAUUGCAUUCUAACAAUAUUACAAAGGAUGUUAUUAUUGUUGUAAUUGGUACAAUAAUUCGAUG